AUGACAGAACGAGAAAAACCCGCCCCUGGCCCGCUUGCUGCCGGGUCCGGCGCCGGUGGCCAUGUCUGUGAGCCGCCGUCGCCUCAGAACACUUCACCAAGCGGGAGGGAUGGUGACAACGAAUUCCAAAAUCGGAGGGAAGGGCUAGAGGCGUCUUCAAACACGGGAGACAACGAACUUCAGGGGGCUCCACUCGAAAAUCCCGUGGAGAGGGCUGAAAUUGAGCAAACUGGUGAAGGAAUCGGACCCCAGGUCGACUUACCUCGACACACAACGGAGACGACUGCAGAUCGAACGGAUGAUGAUGGAGCGAACGAAGGUCGUAGUCUUAAAAACUUCAUCCGCGCCCAUCGCAGCUGCAUGGUUGCUGUGGUUGUGAUCCUGACCAUUAUGGCACUCACUACGGUGAUUCUUAUCAUCAAAAUGGAAAUUUCACAACUCUCUGUUGCUGUUGCCGCGUUGAGCAAUAUGGACAUCAAGGUGAACCCCAUCGUCAGUUAUGAGAAGAUGGAAAAGACGCUAGUGCUUUGUCCUAAAGGUUACCGCGAGUUUCGCGGCAUCUGCUACAAGGACUUCAAGGCAGCCAAGACCUUCAGCGAGGCGGCAACAGCCUGCCUGUUCGAUGGAGGCACCCUGGCUCAGCCUAAAGACGCCGACAUCAACGCCUUCCUCGUCUCCUUGCACGAUCCGGAGGAUGAAUUUGACCGGUUCUGGUUUGGGCUGCACGAUCGGCGGCAAGAGGGAAGCUUCGAGUGGGUGGACGGCACUCCGCUUGGGAAGUACAACUCGUGGGGUCAGGGGCAGCCGGAGGACCGAACUGGCAUUGAAGACUGCGUUGGUUACAUAUACAUCAAUGGGCAAACAUCGUGGUUCGACUCCACGUGUACUUUUAAACGAAGCUUCAUCUGCCAGGUUACUCCAGGAAAGAAUACUAUGGAAUAGAUGAGGCGUGGCUUCAGGAAAGAAACACCUUUUCGACAGAAAGCACCACUCAAGAUCAUGAUGACCGCUACUGCAUGCCUUUAAGACGAACCCAAACAAAAUUUGACAAUGCAUCAAUUAAAUCUAUCAAAGGAUCAGAUUUGCAAGUCAUUGGUGAGAUUCACAUUUUAAAAAUGUUCCUUUGUUUUCGUUUCUUUUCUUAUUACAAAUGCGUGUAACACAAUUCAAUCUUACUCACACAGUUCAGUAAUGGCUGAUGAACUUUUGCAAUAGUAUUUUGUUUCGCUCUAUGGAUGGACAUGUAUUGUUCAAUUUAAAUGUCAUAUGUUUGAGAGAUGAAAACGCCUCUGCCCCUAAGCCGUUGCCAAAAGUUACACUCCAAGGGCUUCAGUCAGAGACCAGCUGCAGCAUGUUGUAAAAAGCCCUAAGGGCUGACGUCAGAGUUGCGUUGCGCAGUAGAGGGCACAAAAUGGGAAUACAAUUUGGAUGUGAUUUACAAUCCUUGAAAAUCCUUCUUUUCUUGAAAAAUCUUGCCCAAUCUGGAGACUUUUUGUGUUAGAAGGGACAGCUGUAGGGUCUAAGCUUUCCUGUUUGGGUCAAAAUUUGUUCAGUUCAGCAGUUUAGCUGGUGUAAGAACAGGUUUUCGUCAUAGGGUGCUACCGGUUGUAUCAGGAGGGAACUGGGGUCAAAGGUGAGGUUCCUUUUAUAGAGCGAGCUUUUCUCGGAGAAUGAGCAAACAACGCACUGUUUUCUUUCAGUAGCUAUAGACUAGACCCAAGUGACUUUCUUGCAGAGAAAAAAAAAAUUAAGAUUGAAAUAUGGGUUAGUACUUGAGGUAGCCUUUAUUCAGUGUAUUUUAACAUGCUUUCCUAUGGACAGCCCCAACUUUGACGAUUCUGCUCUAUAUACAUUCAAAAGCGCAUGCACAAGUCAAAGGUAAAGCCCACUGGUUUGAAAACAGUGUUCUAAACCCUGCAUUGUACAGGCCAAGACAUUGCAUCCCUCCGUUGAUUUUUAUAACAAUAUCAAAAUAAAAUACUUGUUUUGUUUAUGUCUUAGGGGCCUUCACCUUUACCCAUACAUGCAUGGUUGGAUAGACAAAAUUUGAAAAGGGUCUAUGUCACGAAGGCUAUGGAUUGGAU